AUGCUCGAGUACCGCACCGAAGGGUUCAACGGAUGCGCGGUCAAAUACUCUCCCUUCUUCGACUCUCGUAUUGCUGUUGCCGCAUCCUCGAACUUCGGUCUGGUUGGAAAUGGCCGCUUCUACAUCCUCAAUCUAACGCCGCAGGGGAUCGUCCCACAACAAUCCUACACUACACAAGAUGCUCUUUAUGAUGUUGCAUGGUCUGAGAUCCAUGAGAACCAAGCGCUUGUCGCGUCAGGAGAUGGCAGUAUCAAGUUAUUUGACAUCGCUGUCAAUGAAUUCCCAGUUCAAGGAUGGAAAGAGCAUUCACGAGAAGUCUUCUCAGUUCACUGGAAUUUAGUAGCCAAAGACCGCUUUUCCUCUAGUAGCUGGGAUGGAACAGUCAAAGUCUGGACACCGGAUAGACCUCAGUCUUUGCUGACCCUUCCGACUAACAGCUGCACCUACUCUGCUGCAUUUUCGCCUCAUUCACCCGAUAUCCUAUCCUGCGUGGCUUCAGACUCCUACCUACGCGUUUUCGACUUACGAACCCCAGCCGCAACAAACCACCUCACUUUGCAGAUGCCCAUUCAUGGAGCAAACAUGCCUCAAAAACCUGGCUUUACACCUGCCACAGGCCCCGUCCCUCCAUCUGAAGCCCUUACACACGACUGGAAUAAAUACAGACCCUCAGUGGUAGCUACUGCUGGCGUGGACAGAACUAUCCGCACCUUUGACAUCCGAGCUCCUCAUCAAGGGCCCUUAUCCGCCAUGAUGGGCCAUGAAUACGCAAUUCGAAAAGUAUCAUGGUCACCUCACUUAUCUCAUGUCCUUCUUAGUGCAGGUUAUGAUAUGACCUGCCGCGUUUGGACAGAUGGCUCAGAAGGAAUGCCAGCUGGUGACGCAGAUCUUACAAGAAGCGGACCGAUAUCUACUAUAGGCAGGGAGCUGGGCCGCAUGGGGAGGCAUACAGAAUUUGUCACGGGUAUAGACUGGUGUCUUUUUGGGAGUGAAGGGUGGUGCGCAAGCUGUGGAUGGGAUGAGAGACUUUGUGUCUGGGACGCCAGAGCCGUCAUGGCAUAG